CCAAAAGUCCCAUUCUGCAAACGGUGCUGCACCAGUUGAGUAGUCCUCGACUUACGACCGGUUGAGUAGUCCUCGACUUACAACUGGUUGGGGGUCGCAGCAUUAAAAAGGUUGAGAACCACUGACCUAAAGGGUAGAACUAGAAGAAUUACACAAUGAAGGGUUGAACAGAAACAAAAUGCUAGAAGGUGAAAUUAUCUUGAAAUCUUCUGCAAUUCUCCUGGGAUCUGCUGGAGUCCAGGAGAAAGCUUCCAGUGGCAUUGAGGAACCUGAACGAAGGACAAGUUUGGAUACUCCCUACAAUUUAUUCUGAUCUUUUAAGGUGAUCAGUGAGAAAGAAAGUGGUGAACUCACAAACUCAGUGAAAACAGAGGACAGAAAGCAGUGACUGAUAACGUCCAGAGUCUCCAAAAAUUGUCCAUAGAUUUCGUUCCAGAAUGCUUCAAGAAGCACCCACUAUACUCCAAGAAUGGUUGAAGCAAUCCUGGCCUCAGGAUAAAACCCAUCUUUAUACUGCUGUGAUUCUGACCUGUGGUACAACUGCAUUUUAUUUGGUACUGAAAUGGUUAGGCCAGAAAAGGAUUAAAAAACAAAUAGAAGAAACAAGAAGACAAAGGGAUCGUGGCUUGAUAGAAAUGGAAAAAUCAGUGCAGGCAUUUAAAAGCCAGAACCCUGGGAUACCAACAGAUGACAUCCUUUCUCUGCCUCUGGUGGAACUGGUUCAGAAGCUGAAAGAAGACACUUUGUCUCCAGAUGUGGUCCUCUACACCUAUAUGGAAAAGGCUUUAAUGGUCACGAAGGAGGUGAACUGUGUGCGCCAUUUUAUUCCAGAAUGUGAGCCAUUUCUUCAGCAACUGAAAAAACAGAAGGAAAAGGGUUUAUUGUACGGGGUACCUAUCAGCAUCAAAGACCACAUUGGAUACAAGGGCCACUUGACAACAUGUGGCUUUUCACAUUUUCUUGAUGUGGAAGGAGAGGACAGUGUGUUGGUUAAGGUAUUAAAGAAGCAGGGAGCAAAUCCAUUUGUAUUCACAAAUGUGCCGCAAUCUUUAUUCAACUAUGACUGCAGCAAUGUAGUUUUUGGGCAGACGGUGAAUCCUUUGGAUCAUAAGAAAACUCCUGGGGGUUCAUCUGGAGGGGAAGGGGCUCUAAUUGCUGGAGGAGGUUCUGUCUUGGGAUUUGGAUCAGAUGUGGGUGGAAGUAUCCGUCUACCUUCCAGCUUCUGUGGUCUUUGUGGGCUGAAGCCAACUGCAGGUAGAUUGAGUGUUUCUGGAGUAAAGGAGCCUUUUCAUCUUAUGCUAAUUUUAGGGACAAUAGGACCAAUGGCAAAGGAUGUGGAUAGUCUUGCUCUAUGCAUGAGGGCUCUCUUAUGUGAUUACAUGUUCCAGCUGGAUCCAACUGUGCCACCCAUUCCAUUCAAUCAAGAGAUAUAUUCAAACUCUACACCUCUACGGAUUGGAUAUUAUGACACAGAUGGCUAUUUCUUGCUCCCACCAUGCAUGAGAAGGGCUGUCCAUGAAACCAGGAAGCUUCUGCAGGAAGCUGGCCAUACACUAGUUCCCUUCAACCCACCUUCUGUGGACUAUGUUAUUGAUGAAAUUUAUGUGAAAGGUGCUUUUGCAGACGGAGGCUCAAGUCUGUUGGCCUUGUUUCAAAAAGAUAUAGUGGAUCCAGCUUUGAAACCCCAAGUGAAAAUGCUUAAAAUCCCAAAAUUGGUGAAGAAAAUUUUGGCCAAGUUCACCAAGAGCUGGUUUCCCCGACUGGCUGGGCAGCUGAAUGCGUUGUGUGGAGUAAGGAAUGUGAAGGACCUAUGGAAGAUCGAUAAUGAAUUGAUGGUCUAUCGUAAAAAGUUUAUUGAGAAUUGGAGAAAAAACAAGCUUGAUGUUGUCCUGUGCCCUGUUCUGGGUCCCGCCUUCUUUCUUGGAUAUCCUGCAAAAAUACUUGGUGCUAUCUCUAAUACCAUGCUGUACAAUGCUUUGAACUUCCCUGCUGGAGUUGUACCAGUUACCACAGUUACAGAAGCAGAUGAAGAAGAGAUGGCACAGUACCAGGGACUAUAUGGUGACUCCUGGGAUAGGACCCUGAAAAAGGCAGUAGAAGGUGCUGUUGGGCUUCCUGUGGCCGUUCAGUGUGUAGCUUUACCAUGGCAGGAGGAAUUAUGCCUUCGGUUCAUGAAAGAAGUUGAGAUGCUGUCCAACAAAGAGCAACAGAAGAAAUUCAUCUGAAUCUGACAAGCAAUUUGUAGAUCAAGGAUGCAUCUGGACUUAUAAAAAUGAUAAAAUAUCACGGAAUGUUUGAUCCUGCAAUAUUCAUUGUUCUGUCAAAGCAUCACUUUUUGUACCAGUUAUCCACGUCUGCAAACAGCCGUGAAAGAUUGGUCUUCUCUUUUUUUGUAUUUUAUGUGACCAAUUGAGGCAUUUCUCUUUCUCCUCAUUCACCGUUACAGGAGAUAGCUGGGUGGACAUUCAUACUUUCUGUCUUCUACCAUAUUCCCAUCCUUCAUCUCCACUGCAUAGAAAAAAUGAAAUUAGAAGAUUUUCCUUGCAACAUAAAGUAUACCAAGAUCAAAUUGUACAUUGGUUAGAAGUCUUCGCUUGAUUUGUGUAGGCUUGUUGAAUAAUUGAGAACCGAGACAGUCAAGGGUUCUAAGUCAGAGAGGGAGACUAUAUGAGGUUUCACUUCAGGAUUUUUUUUCUGACCAACAGAGGGAAUCUGGUCUGUUAGUUGUACAAGCACGAGGUUCAACACUGCUACAGUGUAUGAUGUUAUUUAGUAUCCUAUUUGUGAAAUCCUUGGUGUUCUCUUCAUUUAGUUGUUUGCUUCCAGACAUUUCAUUACCUGACUAAGUGACAUCAUCAGUGAUAGUGAAUGUGAGAUCUGCCUCCUAUUAUGCAGUAUAGAAUAGUUUUUCCAGGUAGUGUUGGUGAAGUAUGGUUUUCUCUCUGGUAGUUCCUUGAUUAGGGUAUUGUUUUCUGCUUCAUUGUUUGUGAGGUGUUAAUACUUGCUUAUUUGGGUGCAAGCUGCUAGAGAGGAUGUAUUCCGGUCUUUUUGUUUCCUUCUUAGUUGUUUAUUAUCUCUUUUGAAUGGUAUGUAAAAUUGGUUUAUCCCUAUGUGUCUAUUGAUGUCUGAUUUGGCUGAAUGCCAUGCUUUCAGGAAUUUAGUAGCAUUUUUGAAUUUUAAAUUUGGGGUAAUAUAACUUCUGCUAAAUGACUGAAAAAUCCAUUUUCCAAUUCCAAUAUUCUCCCGAGCACCCUCACUAAUAUUAAACACAAUGGUCCAAUCCAGUUACUAACUUGGAAUAUUACUAGCCGGAAGAACAAAGUAACAGAUGGGAACCUGGUAGAGUUCUUCUCUAAUCUUGACUUCAGAGCACUCCAAGAGACAUGGGUGACUACAAAUGAGGAAAAGAUUAAUUUAGAUCCUGGUAUAUUCCUGCAAAGGAAUAUAAGACUAAAGAGCGGGCAUCAGGAGGACUGACUACAAUUGCCAAGCAAAGUUGGGCUAGCAAGGACUGCAAUCAGUUCCUAGAGAUGACUCUCCCAAUUAUUUAGCUAUAAAAUUUUCAUAUAAAUGUUCUAAAACAGUUCUGCUAAAUAUAUCUGCCACCCCACAUGCCUCCCCCGUUUUUUCCCUAAUAUUUGGGUGAAUCUAGAAAAGACAAUGUUAAAGACAACGUCAAAUCAUCCUAAAACCAUAUAAUUUUAGCAGAAGAGUUAAGGGCCAAGAUGGGGCCCUUCCUUACACAAUGUUGUACAACUCGGAGUUAUUCCUGAGGAUUAUCUUAUAAAUGAUCCAUCCUGGCUUUCUAGAGACCCCAAAUGAAAUGCAGCGGACUGACAACUGGUAUCCUUGAUCAAUAACUGUAACCUCCAUAGUUUAGGAGGUAAAGAACCUGGUUUUAUAUAUCCUUUUACAUAUUAUUCAUGAUUUUAGAUUACCUAUGUUUACAUGAAACAAGACAGGGCUGUCUUCAGACAUCUAAGUACAUGUGAAGGAGAUAGCAAUCAUCAAUCAUAGUCCAUUUCCAAGCCAGAUUGGAUACUAAUUUAUCUGUAUCUCCCGAUAAAAGAUUAUUAGCUAAUCGCAAAGUCAGGCAGAAUAGAAGGCUCAAUUGGGCCAAGGAAAACACUAAGGCAAUAUCCUGAAUUUCUGAACUCUGAACAGUUUGGAGAAACUCAGUUUCCUUCUGUAUCCAAGGUCUGAAUACAAUCCUCACUCAAUAUAUUGAUCUAUGAAUUUCACUGAAAAAUAUUAACAGAUAAACUUCCCACUAGAAAUCGACUGUCAGAAUCCAAUUAUAUUUCAUUUCUAGUUAUCUACUAUGAAAAAAAAAACAUUUCUGCCCUCUCUGGAUUCUGUCAUACUAUGACAGGGUGGUUUAUGGCUCGCACUUCCUUCAGUAAACUACAUAAGGACUGGAUGUUGAUUCCCAUCAAGAGGCCUGACCAUAACAAUAUGGCCAUUACCUUUCAUCUACUCAGCUCUCUGAAGUCUUCAUUUUGCUGGUAGUGAAGGGAAAAGGGGGGGGGGAAACAAGGCAACACCUGGAAUCCGGGAAAAUAGGAUGAGUGAUCGUCGUCGGACGAACUAUGGUGUGGGGGCUGCUUGGGAACAGUUAAAACAUUGAAGGAUGGAAGAGAACUCCUCAAAUCCUGUCUAGAACGCCUGCAACCAUCUUCUCUUAAUAAAAAUGCCUGUUGGAA